AUGACGCGGUUGAAUAUCACCAUCCUGCUACUUUUAACCAUUGGUUUGGCGGCAGCAGCGAGAAAACACCAAAAGCAGGAAAGCAGGGAUGAAGAGUACGAGGCCACAGAUCAGUGUCCGGAAAAGUACGGAUUUUUCGCAGAUGCUGAACAAUGCGAUAAAUACUACGAAUGUAACGACGGGCAAAUAACCGAAAAAUUGUGCCCUGAUGGCAUGGUUUUCAACGAUUAUAGCUCCGAGUACGAAAAAUGCGAUCUGCCCUUCAAUAUCGACUGCACUUCCAGGCCAAAAUUGCAGGAACCCCAGCCCAGCCAGCACUGCCCCCGCAAGCACGGCUACUUCGCCCACGAAGAGCCCCACAUUUGUGACAAGUUCUACUAUUGUGUGGACGGCAAAUACAACAUGAUCACUUGCCCCAACGGUCUAGUCUACAACGAUAAAGCCGGAAUUUGCUCCUGGCCUGAUGAAGCCAAGAAAAAAGGCUGUUCCUCCGAAGAGGUUUUCCAAUUCGAAUGUCCCAAGGUAAACGAGACGGUGGCCGCGACGCACCCUCGUUAUGCCGACCCCGAUGACUGUCAAUACUUCUACGUCUGCAUCAACGGAGAUACCCCCAGGAGAAGCGGCUGCAAGUUGGGCCAAGUCUUUGACGACGUUGGCAAAAAGUGCGACUGGGUGCGGAAUGUCCCAGAAUGUGCCGAUUGGUACAAAGGGCGGUUGACUGACGAGCAGUUGAAGGAGUUGGAGAAUCCGCCCACACCUAAACCUAGGCCCACCAAGGUCAGCAGGAGGAAGCCUAGGCCGCCAAGGCCCACACAAGUCGAAGAAGAGGAGGAGAAAUAGUUAGAAUAUGAAGUGUUUUAGUGGAAAAGUUUUAUAUUAUUUUGAUUGUGGUGGAAAAGACCAGAUUGUCAGUUUUGUUGGUUGUAUAUUUUAAGGCGAAUAAAAAU